GUUUUUCGUAAUAUAAUACAAAAAUCACAUUCGCUGUAUACAAAAAAAAAAAAACAAAAUUAUCUUUUGUUUUUCCUCAAAAUGUCAAUCAAUAAGGAAGCGUGUUCGAUAUAGAAAGAAAUGGUUAUCAAAUGGAUUCAGUACAUGUUCAAAUUUGAUUCCAAAGACAGAGUGAAAGACGGAGAUAAAAAUAGAUCCCUCCUAUCUCGUACCCUAUUUGAAAGGGGUCUCCUGAUAUUGGUCGUGAAGAGUCUGCACUGUCAUUUCGGUCCGAAGAUGAAAUUCGUAAUUGGCAGCUUUUAAACAUCCAAAACUGAAGUAGAAGAAGAAGGACAGGAUCGUCUACUGAAGUAGAAGGAUCAUACUACCCUCCGUUUCUUGCAUGAUUCGAAAAAGAUCUGCAUGAGCUGAUCCUGUGCAGGCUUUAAAGGACACUGACAGACGCAGAGAAAUGCCUCCCCCAAUUUUCUGCACGAUUGAACGGAAUCUUUUGAGCAUUGAUGUUUUCUUCAUCGUCGAUGUCAAAUCACUGAUCAAUCAGUGAAUCGAUGAACCAACCAACGACCUAAUCAAGGAACCAAUUAAGGUACCAAUUAGGGUACCAAUCAAGGAACCAAGUAAGGAAUCAAUCAAGGAAUCAAUCACGGAACCGAUCAAGGAACCAAUCGAUGAACCGACCAAUCAACGAACUAUCCAACGAAUGAAUCGAUUAGGAGCAACAGCGGCAGUUUCAUCUUCAAGCGGCCACAGUUUUGACGCUCACCUCCGUGGACCGAGUUUUCUCAUAGAGCCAUCGUCUAGAGUGGAAUUUUCAAAUUCGAGUGGCGCCUGGCUUGACUGCGCGGCUACUGGCAGUCCUCAGCCCAACAUUGACUGGUCAACUGUCGACGGUCUUCCAGUCGGCGACAUACCCAGUGUCAGAAGAGUACUCAGUAAUGGCACCCUCGUCCUUCUUCCGUUUCCGGCUGCAGCUUACAGGCAGGACGUCCACAGUGCAGCAUACAGAUGUGUCGCCAGCAAUUCUGUCGGGCGAGUCCUUAGUCGCGACGUUCAAGUCCGAGCUGUGGUGGCUCAAGCGUACAAAGUGGACGUGGAGGUGAUUGGAGGAGCUUCGAGAGGCUGUACAGCAGUUUUACGUUGCGUAGUGCCUAGUUUCGUUAGGGACCUGGUUCGAGUAGUAUCCUGGUUACAGGAACCUGCCUUCUAUAUUUAUCCUUCACUUCAAGGAGAUGGAAAAUUUCAUCUCCUACCAACGGGAGAACUUCUGGUUCAUAGUCUCGAGUUUAGUGAUCAAUUUCCGGCUUACAGAUGUCGAACAAUGCAUCGACUCACAAGACAAGUUGUAGUUAGUUCCGUAGCUAAUGUCAGAAUAGCAGAUCAUCGAGGUGUAAUGCCUCCCGUAAUUCUUGAACAUUCAGGAAUUGUGCACGUAGCUCAAGAUGAAUCCACAUCAUUAGUUUGUGUCUCCCAAGCCUGUCCGACACCAGAAUACAGGUGGUACGCUCAAACCGGAGCCGAGCCAAUGUUAGUGCUUCCUGGUCCGAGGACGCGACUCCUCGGGUCCGUUUUGGCCAUCGAAGCUGUCACUCUAGAGGACAGUGGGGUUUAUCGAUGUACAGCUGCAAAUCCCGGUGGUGAAGCCAGUGCCGAAUUAAGACUGGUUGUAACGGCGCCUCUAAAUGUGGAAGUGACACCGACCCUAUUGAGCGUUCACUUGGGAGGCAAUGCUGAAUUUAGAUGCGAAGUUGGAACCCAUCCCCAGGCUGGACCACAUUUUGUAACAUGGUACAAAGAUGGGAGACAACUUCCAGGUUCGGGAAGGCAAUCGGAGUUGUUGAGGUUAAAUGGUAUUGGCAGAGAGGACAAAGGAAUGUACCAGUGUAUUGUUAGAAGAUCCGAGGGUGACACUGCACAGGCGUCAGCUGAAUUACAACUAGGAGACGCACCACCAGUUCUUCUCUACUCAUUUAUAGAGCAGACAUUACAGCCUGGACCAGCAGUGUCGUUGAAGUGUUCAGCCGCAGGGAAUCCCACCCCCCAAGUUUCCUGGGCUUUGGAUGGUUUCCCUCUACCCACCAAUGGAAGAUUUGUUAUAGGUCAGUACGUCACAGUUCAUGGUGAUGUCAUUUCUCAUGUCAAUAUCAGUCACGUUAUGGUGGAAGAUGGUGGUGAAUAUUCAUGCACAGCUGAAAAUCGAGCGGGUAAAGUGACGCAUUCUGCACGACUCAAUGUCUACGGUCUUCCCUACAUUCGCCUCAUUCCGAAAGUAACAGCCGUGGCGGGUGAAACCCUCCGUCUAAAGUGUCCAGUCGCUGGCUAUCCGAUCGAAGAAAUAAAAUGGGAACGAGCCGGACGUGAACUGCCGGACGACCUACGUCACAAGGUCCUUCAGGAUGGAACCCUAACAAUUUCCAGCGUCCACAAGGAAAUCGACACCGGUUCCUACACCUGUUGGGCCCGAAAUAAACAAGGACACAGCGCGAGAAGAACCGGUGAAGUCGCCGUAAUCGUUCCUCCUAAAAUUAGCCCAUUCACGGCAGAUCGUGAUCUUCAUUUGGGCGAACGAACAACAUUAACGUGCUCAGUGACAAGGGGCGAUCUUCCACUGUCGAUAUCGUGGCUAAAAGAUGGCCGCUCAAUGGGACCAUCGGAACGUGUCACCAUCACCAAUAUGGAGCAGUUCAGUAGCAUACUGAUGAUUGAAAGUUUAUCUCCAGAUCACAAUGGCAACUACUCGUGUGUGGCACGUAAUAUGGCCGCUGAGGUAUCGCACACGCAGCGGCUUGUGGUUCAUGUACCCCCUAUAAUUGAGCCAUUUACCUUCCAAGAGGGACUUUCCGAGGGGAUGCGGACGCGGACGGUGUGCGGGGUCGCGGCGGGUGAUCCGCCCUUAACCAUUUCCUGGCUAAAAGACGGCCAAAGUCCCUUUCCCCUGCCACCGAAAUUGGCCUCCGUCGCUAAUAUUUCCCAAUUGGAUCCUUAUUCGAGUCUUCUGAGUAUUUCCAAUCUUGCGGCCGAGCACUCCGGUGAUUAUACAUGCGUCGCCGCGAACCCCGCCGCCGAGGUCAGGUACACGGCCAAGCUCCAGGUAAAAGUGCCACCUCAAUGGAUCGUCGAGCCAAUUGACGUCAGUGUUGAAAGAAAUAGACACGUGUCAUUGCAUUGUCAAGCGCAGGGUGUGCCGACUCCUACGAUUAUUUGGAAAAAGGCGACAGGUGGCAAAACGGGCGAGUAUGAGGAGCUGCGAGAAAGAGCAUAUACGAAACUUCUUCCGAAUGGCACUCUAUUGCUUCAGCACGUUAAAGAAGAUAGAGAAGGCUUCUAUCUUUGCCAAGCUAGUAAUGGUAUUGGAACUGGCAUUGGAAAAGUGGUGCAACUUAAAGUCAAUUCUUCGCCAUUCUUCGCGGCUCCAUCUCGCCUGGUGACUGUAAAAAAAGGUGAUACGGCGACUUUACAUUGCGAGGUACACGGUGAUAAACCAGUCACUGUUACAUGGUUGAAGAGCGGUAAAAUCGAACUAAACCCUUCGACAAACUAUAGGGUGACAGUGAAACAGGAAAUAACACCGGACGGUGUUGUUGCCCAGUUGCAAAUUGCAGCAGCGGAAGCCUCUGACAGUGGAGCUUAUUUUUGUCAAGCCAGCAAUUUAUAUGGUCGCGAUCAACAAUUAGUACAACUUAUUGUCCAAGAACCACCAUUGCCGCCGAGUGGAUUGGAAACUGCAAUGAUAGCCAGUCGGAGUAUCAACGUAAAAUGGCAACACAAGUCCCAGGACACGAGUGAAGUGACAAAAUAUAUUCUUCAAUAUAAAGAAGGGGAAGGUUUAUGGCAACAGCAAGAAUUAACUGGACCCCCACUGCCGUAUGCGGCACUGAUCGACGAAUUAAAACCAGCGACGAAAUACACGAUUCGAGUGAUUGCUGAAGGUCCCGCUGGAAGAUCGUCACCAUCCGCUGAACUUGUCGUGAGAACUGAGCCGCAAAGACCAGCAGGACCGCCUAUUAAUUUAGUGGCAAGGCCCUUGACCUCGACGGAAAUGCUGAUCACCUGGUCGCCUCCUCUUCCUGAACUCCGUCAUGGCGAUGUCCAGGGUUUUAAUGUCGGAUACAGGGAAACAAGCUCUGGCAAUCCGUCUUACAAUUUCACCUCGGUCUCUGGGGACGGGGAGGAAGGAGGUGGAGAACUUCGUCUCUCGGGACUUCGACCUUAUACGAGAUACACUCUAGUUGUCCAGGCGUACAAUCAAGUUGGAUCGGGACCUCUCUCGGAACCUCUAACAUCACAAACACUCGAGGAUGUUCCUAGCACACCGCCAGAAGAUGUAAGAUGCGCGGCAUUGACAUCUCAAUCACUUCAAGUUUCAUGGCAACCCCCGCCCAAUUCUCACAGUAAUGGAAUUAUUCAGGGAUAUAAACUUUAUUAUGAGCCAAUAUUAACUGAUAUGUGGCGCGGAGUCGACGAGAUGGAGGUGCGGAAGACUAACGCUCUUACAACAGUUUUGACGGGUUUGAGAAAAUAUACGAACUACAGUAUUCAAGUCCUGGCGUUUACACGAGUCGGCGAUGGUGUUUUGACUCGAGUUGCUUUCUGUCACACCGAGGAAGAUGUUCCAGGUAGUCCAGCGGACAUUAAAGUGGUUGUUAGUUCACCGCAAGCCCUAUUCAUCUCAUGGCUUCCGCCCCUUGAACCCAAUGGUAUCAUUACAAAGUACAAUCUAUACACCCGAGUUGUUGAUGGACGUGAAGAAUUGAAUCAUGGUAAAAGAAAUUUGCCGGCGACAAAUAAUUUUUUCGAGGCAACUGGUCUUCAGCAGCACGUCGAGUACCAAUUUUGGGUAACCGGAAGCACUCGUGUUGGCGAAGGUCAAAGUUCAAAAGUUGCUGCACAAGUGCCCACGAAUCGUGUUCCAGCGAGAAUAUCUUCUUUUGGUGGGCACGUGAUUAAACCGUGGAGAGGCUCGGCAACACUUACAUGUAACGCUGUUGGCGAUCCAACGAGAGAAUGGUUCAAAGGAAAUACGGAACAGGUUCACACUGACACGUCAAGAAAUAUUCAAAUAUUACAAACUGGGGAACUCGUUCUCUCAAGUCUUCAGACACAAGAUUCGGGAAAUUACACGUGUCAGGUGGAAAACUCCCAGGGAAGCGAUAGGUUACAUUACAUGGUCACUGUUCAAGUACCGCCGAAUGCGCCUGUUUUGUACGUUACGAGUUCCACUGCGAGUAGCAUUUUACUUCAUUGGAAACCAGGUUUUAAUGGUGGAGCACCACUCACUGGGUAUUCAUUGCAUUAUCGCACAACUCAUGGGAAUUUGGAAGAAAUGCUACUGUCGAGAAGAGCAACGAGUCAUGAAUUAAAGGGUCUUUUGUGUGGAAAUACGUAUCAUCUUUACUUAACAUCACACAAUAAGAUAGGAAAUAGUCCUUCAUCUCCAGUGCUCUCAGUACGAACUCAAGGGCAACCGCCUGGAAUUCCACCGUCCGCAGCAUUUCUAGCACCAAAUUCAACGACUCUGGCUCUUCGUCUUCACGUUUGGCCGGAUAAUGGAUGUCCAAUUCUUUAUUUCGUUAUACAAUAUCGCCCAAUCAACGAAUUUCACUGGACUCUCGUGUCAAAUAGUGUCAAGAUGCAACGUCGAUUUAUUGUCACUAAUCUCGCGCCAAGUUCGGUUUAUCAACUGAAAGUCGAGGCUCACAACGUCGCUGGCAGUAAUGAAGCUGAAUUUACAUUUAUCACAUUAACGAAAGAAGGCGAGCCACCACCUCCGGAACUAUCGAAACGGGGAUUCAUUACAAGAAUUCCCUUCUACGCGGAUGUGAAAAUUAUUCUCCCAUUGACGAUUGCUGCAGUGGCACUUUUUGCAGCUGCAGUCACUCUUGCUUUGCGUUGGAAAAACAGGUAUUCGGGGGACCGAGUGCAGAGGCCGAUGAAGGAGUCACAGGAGAAUCAGCAGAACGCCGAAACCCAGAGAGAACGGUAUUAUGCCACUAUCCACAAGGUGGCUCUUCAGCAGGCCAACUCCGGAGGUCCCGAGAAGAUUCCAGGUGAACCUUUGUUACGAUACGGACGAAAGAAAGAGACAGCGGAGGACAUCUCGCCGUACGCUACGUUCCAGCUGUCGGAGGGUGGCGCGGGAGGCCUGGGAGGUUUGGGAAGUCUUGUCGGCGCGGAGGCGUCCGGGGGAGCUCUGCAUCCCAACAACACUCUUCUUCACAGCUUCAUGUAUCACGAGCACGCUAUGACGGAGGGAUGCGCGAGUCCUCCCCCAGCUGCGACGACAAUGAAGAGCGUGUCGUCCCGUCGACGUCAACAGAGGAAACAACAUACUCCGGGGGACGUCGAGACAGACGAGAGCGAGUCUGACCCUGAUCAACUGACCAGUUCUAGAACGGAAUCUUCGAAUCAAUUGGAUGCAGGAAAAUUGAAACACAUUCGAGCUGUUUCAGAUUUUAUAUAUCAUGGCACUUCGAGCACUUCAUCAGACAUCUCACCCAUGUCCGAGCAAAAGUCACUGCCUCGAAGAGGUCGAUCUAGAUGGCACGUUCCCAGCAGGAGUUCUUUGCGCACACUACUGCCUCCAAUAUCCGUUGCAGAAACUGCCUUCGGUGGAAAUCAAUCAAAUCAGGGAGUUCAUCCACCAGGAAGUGACCGGGUCGAUCGACCAGAACUUAGCGAGGCUGAGUGCGAUAUUGAUUCAUUAAAAAAAUUAAAAUUAGGUCUCAGAAGUUCUCUAUGGUCGAGGCCGGGUACUCAAAAUAAUCCCUCUUCUGAUUAUUCAAUCGCCGUUUAAAACAAAACAAAAAAAACAAUUUUCCAUAAAUCUACGUCGUCCUAAACGUUUAAACACACGCCUUCUUCGUGUCUCACUCUUAAUUUCAAAGAAAUAAUAGUUUAAUUGUAAUUUUUGUAAAUAAUUGUCGUCAGUAGAUUUUUCUUCAACACUCUUAAAUAAUUUUUUUAUUUUUUCAUUAUUCUACAUUUAUUAUUUCUAAAUUAAUAUUCAUAAUAGGACCGAUACGAAACAACACGAUUUUUUCGUGACGGUCCCUGAUAAUAAAUAUUCAUAAAUAAUAUUUAUAAUAUUCAUAAAUAAUAUUUAUAAUAUUUAUAAAUAAUAUUUAUAAUUAAAUAUUUAAUUAAUGCUGAAAUAUUUGAAGACAAGAUUUUAUUUUAUAAACAAUGUGACAAUAAUUGCUGUACAUAUUACAGAUUGAAGAAUCUAUUGACGACCCAUCGUAAUUUAAAUUUAUCGAUAAAUAAUAAUCGUUUCCCUGCCGAAGAUCUUCCAUCGAAAUAAUCCUUUUAAACGAAUUUUAAGAAUUUUUUACACCAAAAUAGAUCUUCCAUAUAAAAAAAGUAAUUGACUGCCAAAUAGGUACAAAUUAUUAUAUUGCACACUGAAUACUUACAUAUUUUGUUCAAAAGAAAACAAUUCAUCUUUAAAUAUUUAAAAAAAUAGAUUUAAAUACAUAUUAAAAGUUUAAGAAUGAAGAUUCAUAGACUGAUUCAUAAAACAAAAUAAUUGCAGAGAAAAUUAAAAAAAAAGUGUUAAGUUAAAUUAAAUCAAUUCCGUAAUUACUUUCAUACCUAAUUAAGUGCCAAAAAAAAUGCGACGUUUUUUAAGUUAUAAAUUUUCAUAUAUCGAAGAUUAAAAGGAAAGUCGCAGUACUUUUCAAUUUUUUUUUUUUUUUGACGAAAUGUAAAGAAAUUAACAAACAAUUUUU